AUGGAAGCUGCAAACGUAAAUAUUGUGGGAAUUUUAGAUCCCGCAAACUCCGAAAUCACCGACGUCACUCAGACGACAGAUUCAAUUUUUCCCCCUGCUUCCUUUCUUUCCACGACGUUGAUGACGAUGCCGGCGACGAAAUCAACGUCUCCAUCUCCAUCCCCUUCAGCGUCCCCCUCAUUGUCUCCGUCGCCGCCGUUGCCUUCGAGCUCGUCGUCAUCCAGUUCGCGCUCACGCCCGCCUUCAUUCACCAACACGCCUUUAUCAAGCUCGCCGUUGAGUAGAGUUGCAACUUCGGGUUCCGACUCUGCAGCAACAAUCGUCCCUUCAACUUCCCUUCAACCCUCUGUUUCUUCAGCAACGCCUCCCGCACAUUCUUUUUCUUCCUUACUUCUCUCUGCAGAGGGUGAUUCUACUGCGCAACUGGAAUCGUAUGCAUCUUCUUCAUCCUUCCGUAUCCGAUCUAGAAGUCCAGGAAGGGCGGAAGAUCCACUGAAGCUAGAAAAGGCUCUCAGUGCUUCAUUCACCUGGUGGGGGAAUAGCGAUGAGAAGGAGAAAAUCGCUGAGAAGGAUGACAAGGCGAGAGAUGCGAUGAUCAGCACGUUGAGACCAUGGCGAGAGGCUAGUUCUGGGCCGCCUAAGAGGAAGGGUACUAUUCCUCAGCAGCAGACUGAAGGAUGGCUCGUUACCAGGCAGCGGGUCGCUCAAGCUGUUCGCGCGGUGCUGGGUACUGCAGUCGACGUUGCACACGAAGCACUGGUUCUGAGCGCUGAUGUUCUUGAGCUGGCGCCCGUUCCAGGUCUCUCGCCAGCGGCUAGGACCUUGUUGUUGAUUUGGGAUUCGUUGCAGUUGGUGGAUCUUAACCGACUACAGUGUCUUCGUUUGACUGAGCGAUGCGCGGAUAUCUUGCUAUCAGUUAGGCAAGAAGUAAGAGAAGCGGGUGACCAGGUCACGGAAGAGUUGGCAGUUCCUAUCACCAAGUUGACCGAGGCUUUCAAUUCGGUCUACGUUUUCCUUCAAAAGCAAGCCCAUCGUCCUUUUCUCAAGCGGUACCUCAAGCGAGAUGAAAUCCUCAGGCAGAUCCAAGGCUGUGAUGUAGAACUGCAGGAGGCAUUGGGCAUGUUCAGUCUUUCCAUCCAAAUUCGGAUCCUCAAGCAAGUUCAGGCAUCGGAAGCUCACAGACAAGCAGAGAACAAGAUACUUCUUGACGAGGUCGUACGAGACCGUAAGGAGAGAGAGGAAGAGCGGGUCAUGCGAGAAGCGGAUAAGAAGGAGAGAGAGGCUGAUAGGGAGAGACGAAGUGGUCUCAACCCCUCAACGCUUCCCCCACCAUACCCAAGCACUUCAUCCACAACUACCCUUACCAGCACCGAGACCGUUACACCUGUCACGGAUAGCCAGGCUAUAACCGCUCCCGGGGAACCACCUGCAGGGCCAUCAACGUACCCCGCAGGUCCGUUAUAUGCCACCUAUCCACUCUCGCCUACGAUUUCGGGCCAGUCUACUUCUGCCACGCCCACUGUUAACUCAUCUCCGCCGUCUUUGUCGAAACUACCGACUAUUACUAUUCCAGACCAACAACAGCAUCCAUCCGUUCUUUCACCACCUCCUAGUUCACCUACUUCACUUUCCAAAGCUCUAGAGGCCGUUCGAAUACGCCAAAACCUCUCUGACGCUGCCCUUGAUGCACAAGAUCUUCGCAACCUCAUGAGGGAAGCGUUAGCCACGGGAAACGACAUGGAGAUGUUACAAGUGCUUGGUGUAGGGAGGGAAGAGAUGCCUGAAGCUAUCAAAACUAUGCAAAGGGCGCUUGAAACGUUUGUUGAGAAGGAGAGACAAGAGGAGGAUGAGAGUGUUUUGAGGCUGAAAGAGUUUCAGAAUGAGAUGGUGGGUGGGUUCCAUGCUCAGAAUCCGAAUCCGAAUCCGAAUCCGGAUGAUGUGGUUUGGAAAGGUGGGAGGCCGGGUGUUACGAGGAGUUCGAGUGCGACGAGUAGGGUUAGUGUUGGGCUUGCCAAGAUGGCUCGACGGAUAUCUGUGCAAGGUGGUGUACCGACUGUACGUGAAGAGGGAGAUUCGUCGUCGUCGUCUGGAUCGGAAGGGAAGGGCGGGUGGUUGAAAGGGAGGAAUGGGGUGAGGAGGAGUAAGACUGUUUCUACUCAGAUGACUGGGACCAGUACGAGUGGUGACAGUGGGGUGAGUGGGGUGAGUGCUGGUGGGAGUGGUGGAAGUAGUGGGAGUAAACCAAAGGAUACGUUGGAUCGAGAGUUUAUGGAGAGUGGGAUUGAUGCCUUGCGGAGGAUGAGUAGAGGUGCUGAGAAGGAGCUCAGUUUGCCUAGCUGGACUAUUACGAGAUACGAAGUCGACCGUGAAAAGAAGAUCGGCAUCGGAUUCUUCUCUGAUGUCUACCGUGGCACCUGGCGGAACCGUACCGUGGCUAUCAAAGUUCUUGCCGAAACCACUCCUCGCAAUCUGUUCAGACGCGAGAUUGGGAUAUGGAAACAACUUUUCCAUCCUAAUGUCCUCCAACUCUGUGGUGCAUCCAGCGCGAGUGGGGAUCCACCAUGGUUUUUUGUCAGUCCGUACCUCAAGAAUGGAUCGCUUUCUGACUUUCUGAGGAGGAUUGUGAAUCGGGAAGGAGGACCACCUGUUGGUUUGGGGUUACCGGGGUAUCUGUAUCCUUCGAGUGGUUCGAUUGGGAGGUUGGCGGUGUCACCUUCGGCAGCGACUAUUACUGAGAAUGGUGGUGGUGGUGGUGGUGGUAGUCGAGUGAGGACGGCGAGUUAUCCUGGGUGGUCGGUGGUUGCUGGUGGGGAUGGAACGUCACGAUCGAGAGCGGGGAGUUUUUCUGGGUCAGGGUCAGGUGGUGGUGUUGUAGGACUUGGGUUACAGGGUGUUCCUGCUGUUUCUAAUCUGAUGUCGACUUCGUCGUCUCAAAUUGGUCACCGACGGGGGAGGAGCGGGAGUGGGAGCGGGAGUGCACCUGGGAUGGCUAUGAAUGCGUCUGCGGUGUUACUUGGAGAGGUGGAGAAGGAGUGGGAUUUGUUGAAGUUUAUGCAUGAGAUUGCGAAAGGGAUGGAGUAUCUGCAUAGUAAUGGGGUGUUGCAUGGAGAUUUGAAGGCUGCCAAUGUGCUCGUCGACGACAAGAUCCACUGCGUCAUAUCUGACUUUGGUCAGAGCGAGAUGAAGUCUGAGGCUUAUAGGAUAAGUGGUACUCCUCCUCCUCAUGGUACUCUCAGAUGGCAGGCGCCAGAACUCAUGUCCGGUGUCUGUCAACUGACGGUAGAAAUGGACGUUUAUGCGUUUGGUAUUACCGCUAUUGAAAUCUUGUCGAUGGGAAGGAUGCCUUGGCCUUUGAUGGACGAUGAUGCGGUCAGGCAUUUUGUUCUCAAAGACAACAGUCGACCGACUAUCCCGCAAACGCGCUUUAGUACUGCGGCUCUUCAAGGCAUCAUUCAAGCCUGCUGGGAAAAGGAUCCUUUCCUUCGACCGGCAUUCUCUCAAGUUGCUCGCGAUCUCAAAAAGUUGAGGAAGAACGGUGAUUCGUCUGCACCAGAAGAUGUUAUGUCACCAAGGAUGCCCGAGUCUAUGGACUAUGGACAUUCCAGGCCCAGUCCCGAUAUGCGGCCUAUUCCUCUACCUUCGGUUACCCCUCCUCGAGACUCGUCUCUUCCAGUUCUAGGAAAUUCACCUGGGUCAACCUCAGACGCAUCAUUCCGCACCGCGCGCGAACGCGAUCUGUCCUAUUCACCGCCUAUCACUACCUCCGCGUACCACCGCGAAGACAGUGCGAGCUGUACAUCUAGAGUUCAGAUGCCGGAACCGGUGAUCUAUACGCCAUCCGCACCGAGCUCAGCGACUUCUUCGAUCUUUACGUCGGAUCCUAGUACUCGUUCUGAGACGGAUUCUAUCUUUGCGCUUGGACACCCACCGGAAUAUGAUGGGUAUGACUCGCCACCGCCAUUGGAUUCGCGGCUUGCGGAGGCCAGGGAUGAGAGGAGGUAUCGGAUGUUGUUGGUUCAUGACUUCCAUCCUUCUCUCACUCUCCCACUUUGGUCUCCAAAUCCUGUUGCGAUUGGAGCUGUUGGAUAUCUUCAAAAGCCCCAGGGCAAAUUCGUGACUCUGUUCAAUGCUUUCAAUACUGAAAAAUCGAAGGAUGUUCAAGCCAAGGGGAUACCAUCGGUUUAUGGGUAUGGAAAAGUCACGACGGGUCUUCAGCGUCAGGAUAAGAGGAAUGCCGCUCAGCGAGGGUUGGAUGCUCUUGCUGGCUUUUUGACGUUUAGGAACGGGCUUCUUCCGCAAGGCCUCGUCCGACGAUAUUCGUAUCCACUUCGAGUAGGACAUAAGGCGGCGUAUCUUUGUACCGAGUCGACUAUUUACCGAUAUGUCGAGAGUCUGGAUUCGCCCAAGAAGUGGUUCAAGGCGAAUGUCGAUGCGAUUUUGGAUGUUUAUGGUUCGAAACAUCAUAUACAGAAGGAGGAUUUGUACUUUGUCAUCGGAACGUUGGAUGCACCUGAACAUGGACUCUUUGUGAGUCAUAGUCAUCCUGACGGACAGGUACAUUUCAAUGUCUACGCAUCUACACGAUCAAAACAACCUUGGGGAUCGUUUACGACGGAUACUGCUGUACGACCAGAACUGGGACCAACGUAUGAUGAACCGGUAUCGACGACGCCGGUAAAUAACAGUAAAGUGUCCAAUGCUGGUGGGGAGUGGCAGACGGUUUUAAUUGCAAGGUUGAGGUUCAAGCCUGACGUUCUAGAGCCUACUUCGCUUUAGACCUUCGCAUCACUAUUUUUCCUUUCCUUUUCGUCAAUCUUUUUUCCUCUCUAUCAACAUACGGACUCGCAUUUGGAAACGGCUCCCCCUAUCCUACAAUCAUAUCAAUUGUUUCCUGUUUCUCUUUUUUUAUUUUUCUCCCCUCGUGCAUCCAAAACUCGUACUUGUAGAUCACAUUACAUUAUCUAAACCAUCAGUAAGUAAAAAAACUCGAUUUGUAUACUCUGUUUGCCACAAUAAUACACCAACGUGGGAUGACCAUACUCACAAGCUC